UUGAUCUUGUGUAGGUCGACUGUUGGGGUAGUAAAUAGAGUUCAUCUCUAAUCAGUCUAGUCUUCCUAGUCUGUGGCAACCAUUCUAUUACUUAAAUUGACAUUUCCGAAAGAGGCUAUUAAUCAAAAUUGUUGUUGUUCAAAAUUUCAACUUAUUAUUGUUGUCAUUUAAAAUUACAUCUUUUGAUUUAAAGUAGCCUAAACUACAGGGUUGACGGACGUAACUAUGGAGAUUUAAUAUGUGUAUCGAAGUGUAAACGACAAGGAAUAUCAACAUUGUAUACAAUGGGAAAAGUAAAAGCUUGUAGGAUUUGCUUACAAAUGAACUUGAGGCUAGAGAAUUUACACUCGAACUUUUUGGGAGUUUAUUACGAAAUAAUAACUGGUUUGAAUAUUAGUGAGAAUGAAAUGCCGGGUUAUUUUUGUUAUGAAUGUGCUGCUUUAUUGAAGAAAUUCUAUAUAUUUAGACAGAAAAGCCUUAAAGGUCUAGAAGUGUUGCAGGGUGUUCUAAAUACUUAUGGCAAGAUUACAGAGAAUACCAUUAAAAAAAUGCAAAAGAAAAUGUCUUAUUUCGAAUCCGGUUUGAGUGUUUUUAAUGGUUUUUCAAUCAAUAUUUUUCCUGAUGGAGUUGUAGAUAUAAUGGAAAAUGAAGAUAUGUCUGUGGACAAUAGCUGUGAUUUCGACAAUACAGAUAGUUGUUUAGGUUUUUAUGAUUUAGUUAAAGAAGAUUCUUCUGAAAAUCUAAAUAGUGAUAUUGAAGAAAGUUACAUAGAUUGGUUAAGUGAUGAGGAGGAUAUUGCAAUAGAUAGUAGUAUGACAAAUAUUGAAAAUGAGAUGAUAAUAAACAAACAGUCAAAUGAUGAGUCAAACGAAGAAACAGUGGAGCAACCAAGAACCUCGAAAUUAAAAAAAUCUGUAAAAGUAUUCAAGAAACCAGUCCAACUUUUAAGAAAGGAUGUUAUUCAGCCAAAGCAAAUUGAAGAUUUUAAUUUUGAGAACUAUGUCGACGUCAUCACAUUUACGGAAGAAGAACAAAAAGAAGAGAUAAGAAAACGUAAAGAUACAGAAAGUUACGAAACUGCACCAUUUAAAUGCGAGUUGUGUUUUAAAGUAUUUUUGGACCCGCAAACUUGGCAACACCAUAUGAAGAAACAUGAUGUGUCGUCAGGAAUGGCGCAGUGUAAAAUCUGUAAGUUGCGCUUUAAAUCAAAACGUCGUCUUAAAAAUCACAUGAUGUAUCACGCCAAGAAGUAUAAAUGCAAAUACUGUUCAUACGUUUCGCGAACUACAUCACAAGGUUGGAAUCACAUAUUCUGGCAUCAAGGGGUUUUGUACCAGUGUCCACAUUGCGAAGAAAUGUUUUCCCAAUGGACGUCGUACCUCAGCCACGUCCGAAUAAAGCACCCAUCGGACUACAUCUGCCCUCACUGCGGAUACUCCUUCUUGUCACAACACGGUCUCAAAAUGCACAAGAAUUUAAAGCAUCGUGGUGUCGCUGACCUAAAUGAAGACAACGAGGAUCUUCCAUACUGCUCAGUAUGCGACAUGAAGUUUGCGUCAUGUGAGGCUUACAAUCGGCAUAUGGCGACUGCGAAAAAACAUAUCGUGGAAUCUGAAAAGAAAAACGGAUGUCGCGAAUGCGGUGAAAAGUUCUCUAGUAUUGACGAAUUGCGGGUACACUCGCGUACUGCGCACAGGCACAAAGCGGGUAAGGCGUUACUCAAGCGAUACAAAGAGAAGUCGGACAGUCGAACUUGGCCCACGAAAUGCUUGCUUUGUUCUGAAGAAAUAGCAAACGCGCGUCAGUACUGGUCGCACUUCAGACGGGACCAUCCCAAUGACGAUUAUCCCGUAGAGAAGAAAUAUAUCUGUGAUAUCUGUGGAAAAUCAUUCCGGAAAAACUCAUUCUUAACCAUUCACAAGCGGAUCCAUAAUGGUGAAGUACCCUUCAAAUGCAACGAAUGCGACAAAGUUUUUUCGAACAAAACCAAUCUUCAGAUGCACGAGAGAUGGCAUUCUGACGAGCGGCCCUUUAUUUGCAGCGAUUGUGGUAAAGGGUUCAAGGUGAAAACGGCUCUGGAUAGGCAUUUUCGAUGUCACACUGGUGAGAGGCCGUACAAAUGUAAAGUGUGCGGAAAAGCCUUCGCCCAAUCCAACAGUGUCAAAGUGCACGUCAAUACAGUACAUCUCAAACAACCGUAUAUUAGGCGAACUCGACUUAAGAAAAGGAUCAAGAAAUUAGCAGCAGACACAACUGUACUAUAUUGCACAUAGAUAUUUUUGUGUAAUUAGGUAAUAAAUGACGGAUAAUUUUAUAAUAGGUUUCAAAGAAUAAAUUAAAAACAAAUUUAGAAAAAUGAAAGUACCUGUCCAUAUUUAUUAAAAUGUCGCCGCUAGAAAUGAGUUUUCCAGAAAUUUUACUACAGAAUAUAUUAUUACAAUUGUAUAUUUUCUUGUAAUACGUGAUUAAGAAUUGUUUGUGUUUGUGAGUUAUAUUAUUUAUUUUCCAUUAAAAGCAGAAUGUCUAAGCUAAAAGCACGCACUAGAUGGCGCUUUGGGCAAAAUAUUUUUUUUGUGUAUGAAUUUUAUUUGCUAACAAUACACUGAAUACUUUUUAAAUGUAAUUUUUACGGAAUGUGGUACUAAUGUAUGUUUAGUGAGAUGUACGACAAAAUAUAAUCGUAUUAAUAGAUCACUGUCGAACAUUGUUUAUCAAGUAACUCAAGUCACAAUCUCCACUUGAGCACUGUACUUCAAAUACGAUAAAUUAUUGCACAACUCUUGGAACUAGAUUUGUUUCAGUGUAUUGUGGAGAUAAAUAUGAGUAAUUUAACUGACGAAAGGUCGAAAUAUACUUUUGUGCGCAAAAGGAAUUGCUAUUUCUAUAGAAGUAUUUUAAGUUAUUAUUUUGUUAAAUCUAUAAAGAAUAAAUAUUAAAA